CCGCACCAGGAAACCUCCGGGCCUCCUACGUCCUUCCGCAACCCCGAACCCGUGUCCCCUCCACUCACCACGCAGAUCACGGUGACCGCAGGGCUGGCGUGGAGUGAACAAGAAGUCGACGUCCAUUAGCUCCCCCAGGGGCCUGUGACAAACGUAGCCCAAGCCGGAAAAGCGCGGACGGAGACACAAGCCGACCUGCGCUGCAGGAGCUGGGAUCUCGGGCUCCAGACGCGAGGCCCUGCGGGCUCCUGGGAGCUCCGGCGCGCGCGGGAGUGCGCAGGCGCAGACGACCGACUCUGGGCCGGGGUGAGGUGUUUGGGUCCUAGACGCUUGAGUCUUAGGGGCCCUGGAGAAGGAGAGACCGGGAAGCCCGGGGCCAGGAGGUCAGACUAGGGAAGCGGGGCCCAGCCGAGAGGCCAAGGAGGAAACCGCGAUCAAAGCCGGUCCUGGUUAUUCAGAGAAGGGAGCUGGAACUGGGCCCGCGGACUCUUCCCUUUCCGAAAGAAGAGCUCAAAAGAGAAGGUUCAUCUCUUGCAAAUCUCACAGCUAUGCCUCAGGAGGAGUGGCAGCAACUGGACACUGAUCAGAAGGCUCUCUACAGGGAUGUCAUGUUGGAAAACUAUUACCACCUUAUCUCUGUGGGGUUUCACAUGACUAAACCUGAUAUGAUCCGCAAGUUGGAAGAAGGAAAAGAACUAUGGACAACAGAGAGAAUUUUUUCAAGUCAGAGUUAUUUAGGUUCUAAUGCUCUGGGUUGAAGCAUAUGGCUUUGGGUUAAGACCCCAGCUUCUCAGGUGGAACCUCCUGCAAGUCAGAUAUCCCUCUGGAUCUUCAGCUGCCACCCAUGAAGAAGAUGGGAAAGCUGAAGAUGUCUUAAUGAAGUUUAAACAAUACCAAGAUAGGCAAUUUAGAUCAGUUGUAUUCAUCAACCAUGAAAGACUAAUUAAGGAAAAAAAUAAUAUUUUGGGGAAGACACUUACUGUAGGCAAGAACUAUAUUAUUUCAAAAACAACACUACAUGAAUAUAAACCUGAUGGAAAGGUUUUGAAAAAUAUUUCAGAAUUAGUCAUUAGAAAUAUAAGCCCUGUAAGAGAGAAGUUUGGUGAGGGUUACGGAUGGGAGAAAUCACUUCUCAAUACAAAGCAUGAGAAAACUCAUACUGCAGAAAAUCUCUGUAAACAAACAGAAAGCAGUCUGAGUAAUAAACAAGAGCUUAUUAAACAUCAGAAGGUUCAAACUCCAGAGCAAUCAUUUGAACAUAAUGAAUGUGAAAAUUCCUUCCUUAUGAAAGAAAUGUUAUUUACACAUAGUAGAACUCAUAGAGGAGAAGGACUCUUUGAAUACAAUAAAGAUGGAACGCCUUUCAUUGAAAAGUCAAAUUCCAGUGUCCAUCCACAAAAUCUUAUGGAGAAGAAGUCCCAUGCGUAUAGCAAAUAUGGGAAUUUCCUCUGCAGGAAGUCCAUUUUUAUUAUACAUCAGAGAUCUGAAACAGAAGAGAAACCCUUUCAUUGUUCUUAUUGUGGCAAUAGCUUUAGAAGGAAGUCAUAUCUCAUUGAGCAUCAGCGAAUUCACACAGGUGAGAAACCUUAUGUUUGCAGUCAAUGUGGAAAAGCCUUCCGUCAAAAGACAGCCCUCACUCUUCAUGAGAAAACACAUGUAGAGGGGAAACCCUACAUUUGUAUGGAUUGUGGGAAAUCCUUCCGCCAGAAGGCAACCCUCACCAGGCAUCACAAAAUACAUACAGGGGAGAAAGCCUAUGAUUGUACUCAGUGUGGAAGUGCUUUUAGAAAGAAGUCAUACCUCAUUGAUCAUCAGAGAACUCACACAGGAGAGAAACCAUAUCAAUGUAAUGAAUGUGGGAAGGCAUUUAUCCAGAAGACAACCCUCACUGUACACCAAAGAACUCACACAGGAGAGAAACCCUAUAUUUGUAAUGAAUGUGGAAAGUCCUUCUGCCAAAAGACAACCCUCACUCUCCAUCAAAGAAUUCAUACAGGGGAGAAACCCUAUAGUUGUAAUGAAUGUGGGAAGUCCUUUCGCCAGAAGGCAAUCCUCACUGUUCAUCAGAGAAUACAUACAGGAGAGAAAUCCAAUCAAUGUCCUCAGUGUGGCAAAGCCUUUAGUAGGAAGUCAAACCUCAUUCGCCAUCAGAAAACUCACAUAGGAGAGAAACUGUAUGAAUGUAAAGAAUGUGGUAAGUUCUUCAGUUGUAAGUCAAAUCUCAUUGUCCAUCAGAAAACUCACAAGGUAGAAAUCAUUGGAAUAUAGUAAAGGAUGUGACUCUUUUUUUAGUAAAAAACUUUUAAAGUCAUAGUAAACCCAGUAUAUGAUGUUGCUUGCAAGUGUAAUAAUAGUCAACAGUUUAAGGUACUAUAUCAUAUAUUUACUUACUGUUUGCUAGCCGAUAAAACAUACACACAAAAUAAUUACUAGACAAAUUAAAUGACAAAAGUCAUUGAAAAUACAAUCCCCAGUUUUCUAUUUUUACAUUCAUUAGAUAUAAAAUUUCUCUGUCAAGUUGCUACACAUAUUUAAAAUUACUUAUUUUUAAUUUCAAUACCUACCUUAUUGUGAACCAGUAAUAUACAGUUGGUAUGUGAACCACACUGUGAACAAAAGACUUAAAAAGAAAGGAGGUGUGAAUUGUAUUUCUCAUUGCAAAUAUGGAAUAAAAACUGUUACCUCCUCAGAGUUAACCAAAGUUCUAACUUCUAGCAUAAUAGUUUUUACUUAUUGUUAACUUUUAUAUAAAUUGGAUUAUAUAUCAUGUAUUUUUUCAUAUUUGGCUUUCAUUCAUUAUUGUGUCUCUAAAACUUAUCAUUAGC